AACACUGUGCUAAAGUCUCUGUGCCUGCAGAGCUUCUGCCCCUGUCUGGUAGGAGCUCUGUGCCAGGAGAGCAGUCAUUCCUGCAUGGGCAGAGCUCACCUUGCAGCUCAUAGUGACUCAGGUGCUUGCGGCUACUUAGUGUUUUCUUUUCUCCACUGCCCAGUUUCUGGUCAUGUCCCUAUCUUGUUUCUAUAACCCUCACCAUGGUUCCUUGAUACAUGCCACCGGCCAUGCAGAAGUGUGGACGGACUGGAACAGCACCUCCAAGUUUAGGCAGUAUGGCUGGAGAUGCACCACCAAUGAGGAUGCCUACUCCAACAAAACCCUUAUGGGGAAUUGGAACCAGGAGCGGUAUGAUAUCCGGAAAAUCGCACAGCCAAAACCGCUUCCUUCCCAGUGUGCUCACUACUUUGAAUCAAUUUAUUCGUCAGAUUACAACAAGGAAAGGCAUCACGGCUCAAGAAGAUUUAAACAAGAACCUCAUUGGUUUCCUGGACACCAGCCUGAGCUGGAACCCCCUCCAGUUAAACCGACUGCACGGUCCUGCUACAUGAUAGAUUACGGACCUCCUCAAGGCAGAACUCCCCUCGUUUGUGAAAUUCUGGGAAAAGAACAGGAGGGGGCACAGCAGAAGCAAUAGGAGCAGAUAGAGGCGGUUAACCUGAGAUCAGCCAGGUGGUUAGAAUGACUCCAACCUGUCUGCUGCUAAGGGACCAUCCUUCAAGUCGUGAAACAUUUCUGAUAUUAAAACACAGGGCAUCAGAGUGACAAGUAAAUGCUUUCUGAGGUUUAUGCCCUAUUGUUUGUCACUCCAUAUGUUAUUUCUGCCUUCUGACAUUUUAAUUUUUACCUUGCACGGAGGACUCUGACAUUUCCUUUUGCUGACGGAGAGUGUGGCUUCCCAUGGCAUGAUACCAAGACAAAUAGACCCGAGAGUGUUUUAAAGAUGUAACCGAGUUUCAUCAGCAAGUGGCUGUUUAUAAGUGUGACCAGUUAUUUUUCCACAAAAUCUGAUUAAUUUAAUUUUAUUUCUGUCACUUUAAGGCCCUAGGGAAUGGCAUAUUUGGCUUCAAAAUCUGUCACUUCUGAAAUGUUUCAUGUGUCUAGUGAGGCGAGGAUAAUGAACUAUCUGAGAAAAUGAAGUUUAGGGUCUAAUAGAAAUGUCACCACUCGUACAUCACGGGACAGAUCUGCACAUGGCAAUUCUCUCCACCCCCUUCUGUGCUAGAGUUACAGACUAAACCGGAUCAAUGCUACCAUUGCUUUCCCUUUGUCAGCAUCCCUCAGGGUUGAGCUGCUGGUGACAAUUGAUGGCAAACUCUGUAGCAUUUUAUAUCAUUCUACAAUCAGCUGAACAUUUUAUACGUCAGCUGCUAUUUAUUGUUGAAGGGCACUGGCUGCAUAGUUUCAGAGUGAUGUGAUUUGUACCAUGAGAGCAGGACAUUUUUCUCUGCUGUUGCUGUAACUGUGUAUAUAGCAGCUUUGCAACGAUAACCUGUGUUUGCUCUGAAUUAGUUGCAGCCUUUGGACAUUUCCUCACAACAUGGCCCAUUCUAGAGAUUUCCGAUGAAAUUUUCCUCCCUUAAGUGUCAUCUAAUGCCCAUAACUAGAGUGGGUUUAGGCUGUCCGGGAGUUUUCUAACCAAUUAAAGUAAUUUCCCCCACAGCAAUUUUUCUGAUGCUUGUAAGACACAGUCAGCAGGAAUCUGGGAUUUGUAGAGGUCUGAUCCAGACAGAAAUAUUGAGGAAAAAUGGAUCAUGUAACCAGGUGAUAGCAAAAAAUGUCUGCAUAUAAAGUGAAACCAGCGUCGCAAAAUGUUCUUUAGUGCCUCAGGCUGGGGGAGAUUUUGGUUUCAUGAAGCCUGAUGUCCUCUGAGCCUCUAAAUGUUCCACCAGCUCUUUGAGCCCCCCAUUCCUCCAUCAUCAGCCUGCAGGAAAGGGGCAAUGCGAGGGGGGGGUAUAUUUAGCUUCAUACUAAACUUCUGCCCUCUCUGAAACUUGCAGCUUGCAGAGUCCUCUGGAGGCAACUCUCUUCUCAGCUUCCCACUACCUAUGUGCCUCCGAGAGGGAGAGAAUGGGAGCCUGAGGCCAAUGUCAGAGGUUCAAUCAUCACCCUCCUAGCCUGUGGCCAACACAAACUAGAGAAGCUACUGAGGAGCCCAGAGUAAGGCUUUGCUUUUUGCUGCUGGUUCCUGAUCUCCAUGCUCAGUAGGAGGAUUCACUUUAGUCCCAGUAAGCACAGCAAUCCCUUGGGUCUGGCCUAGAGCAGGAAGAUGAUGCUGUUGUGUAUCAUGCAGUUCUGUGUCCAGUUCCCCCCACCAAUACCACUGGCCCAUUCAUAUUUGUGAGCAUCUAAUACAGCAUCUUGCCAUUUCCAGCUCUCCAGGUUCAUUAUGCAGGUAUCAAAUCCUGCAGUCCUUAUUCAGUCAAAACUCCCACUCAAGUCAAGGGUGUAGCAAACACCAAGGAAGGGCUGAGCAAACAUCAAAUAAAAUCUUCAGGGUUUGGCACCAGAGGUAGAUGAAGACAUUUUAGAGCUGGCUUGGCUAUAGGGGACACUGUGGGCUAUGGGGGAGUCUCUCUAAAUCAGGCUAUGUAUGCUGCUUCCUACAGACUCGACACCAAUAUUAUCUUAGAUUGUAAGCUGUUUGGGGCAGGGACCAUCUUUUUGGUUCUGUGUUUGUACAGCACCUAGUACAGUGGGUUUCUGGUGCAUGACUGGGGCUUCUAGACAUUACCACAGUACAAGUAAUAAGUAAUUGUAUGCAUAUAUCCCAGAGGCACAGUCUUACCAAGCUUUUCUAUACUAGCAGUGACACCACAUCUGAGACCCUAACAUUCAAAGACAAAACCACAAGAUGCUUAUUUAUGUUUUAUUUGUUAGCAAAUGAGCUUGUUCUCUUUCCUUAGCAUAAAUAAAUAAGUAUGGCCAGUCAGUACAGCAUACGCUGCUUGCAUCCAGCGGAAAGGUUUUCCUGGAUGGAAAAGUGGGUUUCAUACAGCUUCCUACUUCCUCUGGGCCCCUGCGAUGGCAGAUUUCUCCUCGCGGGUGAUGGGAAUGGUGCGCUCGGGAACAUCGGUUUGUUUCCUUGGUCCAUUCACUGUCAGGACUCCAUCCGAAGACAGGGAUGAGGUGAUGGACAGAGGAUCCACAUCUGCUGGGAUCCUGUAUUUCCUGUUGAACUCCCUGGCAAUGAAGCCAUGCUCAUCCUUAUUGAAAGGAAAGGAAAAGAACAGCCCUGGUUUGAUGUGCCAGCUCAAUUCCAACUAACAACAUUCCCCCUGAGCUGAGGUCAAGUUUAGGAAGCUCCCGCCCAAAAGGAAAAUGUUUCAGAAAGUUUGGAGCAUCCCUGUUUAGCAAAGUGGCAGGGCUAAACUGAAUUCAGAUACUGUGCUGUGCUGUCCAAGCUUAAGCUGGUAGCAGGCUUGAGAACCCUACCAACUUCAUUUCAUGGUGGGGCUUUUGCUUCCUAACCUCAGUUCAUCAGAUUGCCCUUAUUCGUUGAAGUUCUACUGUUGUCCCCUAAAACAUUCCAGGCAGAGCAAUGGCCAGUACCACCCCCCAGCCUUUCCCCAGGGUCUCAGUGUACAUUACAAUGCACAGAUUCCUAAUAGUCUGAUCUCCAGUACAGCACUCUAUUGCACCUUUGCUCCUGGGAAGUUUUGACUUCACCCUCCUCCGAGCUGUCUCAUAGGUAUUAAGGGCCAAACUUCAGCAGGAGCUGCACUCAGGUAACCAAGAGCAAAAUUCAACCCUUUGAGUUGAGUGUACAAGCUGCUGUUAUGGGGCUUUGCCAGAGUAACAUAUCGUGAAUAUUAACAAUACAGGUAGUGUCUGAUACAUCAUUUGGUUUAAUUAUUAAAAUUCUUUUCAUUGUUAAC